AUGAUGAUCAAUGACAAGCCAGUACUUGGUGAAUUUCACAUCAACGAUUAUUUACUUGAACAACAAUCAACAUAUUCAUCAAGUACUGGUACAACAGGCUCAUCAUCGAUUAUUAUCAUAAAUGUUGAUGAUUUUGUACAAAGAACACUUACAGUUAUUCGACAACUUGAUAUAUUUAUUGAAGCAAAACAAGGUGUUCGUGGUAGUGAUGUAACUGAUGGUGCAUCAGCUGAAUAUCAUUAA